UUUUCAUCUUGACAGUGCGUUCAACUUUUUUCGGCAGUGCUCCGGUGAAUUUUUAUAAAACAUUUUUCUCCUCAAAUAUAUUAUUAUUUGCAAUGGAAAGUGUCGCUGAACUAGAAAAGAACAUGGAGUCGCUACCGCAAAGCCAGCAAAUGGACAAUCCAGUAAAUGAAAGUGUUGGCAUGCAAAUGGCCCAGAAGUUGAAUGAAUCCUUCGAUGGAUCUCCAUCUGAAAAGAAGGCACGAUUCAAUGAAAAUGCCCAGAACGGUGGAGUGUCGGGUGGCGGUAACAUUGGCAGCGGUGGAGACGAUGGUGCCCCGAACUUUGCCAACAACAAUGGUGGAUUCGGUGGUAUGAAUCGAAAUCGUAACCGCCGCGCCAUUAAAAACCGUCCGUAUUUCCAAGGCCAGAAUAAGGCUGCAAACCAAGAGCCCGUUACCGAUUUGACCAAUUCGGAUGCAGAAAAUUCUCCAGCCAACCAGAAUCAGAAUGGAAAUCAAGGACCAGAUCAAGGUGGCCGUGAUAAUCAAGUCGAACAGCAACAAGGAGAGGGUCAAGGCGGCGGCCAGGGAUUCCGAGGUCGCCGUGGCGGUGGAGGACCAGGAGGACAUCGUGGCGGUCAACGAUCGGGCGGUCCCUUUGGUGCGGCCAUGGGUGGCGGUCCUGCUGGUGGACGCGGUUUCGAAGAUUUCCUAAUUGCCCAGAAAUUGCGCAGCAUUGGUGAAACCACCUUGGAGCUGCCAACCAUCGAAAUGCCGGCUGAGACAAAGUUCUCUGGCCGCAAUCGUCUUUAUGUGGGCAAUCUACCUUCAGACGUUACCAACGAUGAGCUGCGCGAGAUGUUCAAGCCGUACGGUGAGAUUGACGAGAUCUCGAAUCUGGACAGGAACUAUGCAUUCCUGAAGGUGGAUUACCAUGCGAAUGCCGAGAAGGCCAUGCGCGCUCUCGAUGGCUCGUUGCGAAAGGGUCGUCAGCUGCGUGUCCGUUUCGCCCCCAAUGCGACCAUAUUGCGUGUGAGUAAUCUCACCCAGUACGUAACAAACGAGCUGCUGUACAAGUCCUUUGAGGUCUUCGGCUCCAUCGAGCGGGCCAUCAUCAUCUUGGACGAUCGUGGCCGCCACACCGGCGAGGGCAUCGUUGAGUUCACCAAGAAGUCGUCCGCUUUCGCCUGCCUGCGAGUGUGCCAUGAGAAGUGCUUCUUCCUGACGGCUUCACUUCGUCCAUGCCUGGUCGAGCCAAUGGAGGUGAACGACGACAAUGUCGGGUUGCCCGAGAAGACGAUGAACACGAAGAUGCCGGAGUUUCUCCAGGAGCGUUCAGUUGCUCCUCGCUUUGCUGAUCGCAAGUCGUUCGAGCACGAGUACGGAUCGCAGUGGAAGCAACUGCAUGCUAUGUUCAAGAUAAAGCAGGAGGCACUGAAGAAGGAGUUUCAACUGGAGGAGGAGAAGCUGGAGGCUCAGAUGGAGUAUGCACGCUAUGAGCACGAAACGGAACUGUUGCGUCAAGUGUUGCGGGAUCGCGAAAUUCACAACGAGCGCAACAAGCUGCUAUGGGAGAUGCGCCAGAAGCAGGUUGAGGAUAUGCGCAUGCGCACCGAGGACAACAUCCGUCGCCAUCAAGGCGAGAUGGAGAACCAAAUGGUCCGUCACGGUCAGGAGAAGGAUAUGCGCCUUCGGCAGCAGGUCUUCGGCGGCGUUGGAAACAACUCAAGCUUUGACAACUUUGCUGGAGUCUUCAAUUCACCAUUCGAUGUGUUCGGAGGCAAUACCAACAAUAAUUCUACCAUUGUUGAAAAUUCCGCUUUGGGCGGUGGACCCAAUCCACUGAACUCCUUCGUUUCUGAAUUUGGGGUUAACAAUAUGAACCAAGGAGGAAAUCAACGCGGAAAUAAUGUCGGAGAACCUCAUGCCCUAUGGGGACGUCGCGACGUUGAUUUUAUACACACUCUGGAGACCAUAAAUGUGCAAAACAUUUAAGGAUGACAAACAAAUGCAUAACGUAUUCUACUCACAGGCAACGAUUGCGAAUGAUUCAAACGAAUUAUUACCACAAGAAAAACAGAGAGGACCACGUAUCGUAUCGUAAAAUCCUAUGCAAUGCUGCAAAUACAGAAAACCAAUAAUUAUACAAUGAAUUUAUCAACAAUCAUCUCAACAAUCAAGCAAUCCCUCUCAAGAAAAAAAAGGACACAUAAAAAUGCAAUGAAUGCCGAGAACAAAACUUAACAAACAAUUCUUCCCAUCAUGAAAAACAAGAAACAACAUUUACAUUUAAUUAAUUAUAUCGAUACUUUCUUAAAUAAAUGGUUGAGUUUAUCUUGCUUCAAUAAUA